UGAGCUACAAGGAAAUGGAUUCAACAACAACGAAUAAUAAAAACUCUAAAACCUGUGUGAAGCUGUGUAAUCUCUUCUGCGGAUCUCGAGAUACUCUCCCAGUGCUGCUAGCAUGAGUGCCUCUCAGGAGAGAGAGGAGGCUGCCAGACACAGCAUGGCUAAAGGUCGUGCAUCUAUGGCGAGUGAGAAAUCCAUGCAUGAUCGACCCAAUUUCAGUGGAGCACAGUCUGAAUCCAGAUCAAAAACACUUGGACCAAUCUCUCCAACAGAGGACUGCAUUGGUGAUCGACCCAACUCCAACAGCGACAGCCUACUGAAGAGAGUUAUAAAGAAACAUAAAGCCAGUCUAAAGAGGAAAUUUGAGAACAUAUCUGAAGGCACCAUCACAUCAGGAGCUAAGACGCUCCUGAGUAAAGUCUACACCAAACUCUAUAUCACUGAGGGAGAAAGUGAGGGGGUGAAUAAGGAGCAUGAGGUAUGGCAGGUAGAGUCAGCAUCCAGAGCACAAACUACAGAAGACACACCAAUAGACUGCAAUGACAUCUUUAAGCCCUUACCUGGACAGGAGAAACUCAUCAAAACUGUGAUGACCAAAGGUGUUGCUGGAAUUGGGAAAACAGUCUCUGUGCAGAAGUUCAUUCUUGAUUGGAUAGAUGGGAUAGCCAAUCAGGAUGUGGAUUUUAUGUUUCCCCUUCCUUUCCGUGAGCUGAAUUUGAUGAGGCAUGAUCAGUAUAGUCUUCACAGGCUCCUGCUUGACUUCCACCCUGAGUUGAAGGAGCUGAAGGAUGCUGAAGAAUAUAAAAGUUGCCAGGUUGUGUUCAUUUUUGAUGGUUUAGAUGAAAGUCGAUUACCUCUCAAUUUUGAAGCAAACAAGACGUUGUCUGUAGAACAAACAUCAUCAGUGGAUGUCCUGAUGACGAGCCUCAUAAAGGGGCAUUUGCUUCCAUCUGCACACAUCUGGAUAACAUCACGGCCAACUGCAGCAGGUCAAAUUCCUACUCAGUACAUCAACCAGGUGACAGAAGUGUGAGGAUUCAAUGACCCACAGAAGGAAGAAUACUUCAGGAAGAGAGUCAGUGAUGAGCAUCAGGCCAAAAGUAUAAUUUCACACAUAAAGGCAUCCAGAGGUCUCUACAUCAUGUGCCACAUUCCAGUUUUCUGUUGGAUUGCAGCAACUGUACUUCAGCAGAUGCUGACAAUGAAAAAGACCACAGAUAUUCCCAAGACUCUGACUGAGAUGUUCAUGCAGUUUUUACUCACCCAGACCAUCAGAAAAGACCAGAAAUUUCAACAAAUACAUGAAUCAGACACAAAACACCUCUUGAAAUCACAGAAAGAAAAUAUACUGAAGCUGGCAGAACUGGCUUUUAAGAAUCUACAGGAUGGCAAUCUCAUGUUUUAUGAGGAAGACCUGAGAAAGUGUGACAUUGAUGUCACUGAAGCCUCAGUGUACUCUGGCAUGUGCACUGAGAUCUUCAAGGAAGAAUGUGUGCUUCACCAGAAUAAGGUCUACAGCUUUGUGCAUCUGAGCAUCCAGGAGUUUAUGGCAGCUAUGUUUGUGUUUCACUCCUUUGUGACUAAAAACCUUGACCCACUGCAAUGCAUCCUCGGUGAGAAACAGAGAAAUGACCCCAGGUCAUAUCAUCAAUCGGUGCAAAACUUAAAACCACAAGAUAUUCAUGUGUUGCUGAACAAGACAGUGGAUGAGGCUUUGAGAAGCAGGAAUGGACAUUUGGACCUUUUCCUUCGCUUCCUAACAGGCAUUUCUCUGGAGAGCAAUCAGAGACUUCAGCAGGGUUUGCUGACCCAAACAUACAGCACUUCCAGCAGCAUCAAGAAAACAUGUCAGUACAUUAAGAGCCUCAACAGAAAAGAUCUCUCUCCUGAAAGAUGUAUUAAUCUUUUCCACUGCUUGUUAGAAAUUAAUGAUCAUUCCAUGCAAAAGGAAAUUCAGAAAUACCUGAAAUCUAAUAAGGGCACGAAGCAGAACUUAUCUCCAGCUCACUGUUCAGCACUGGCCCACAUGUUUUUGAUGUCUGAAGAAGACCUCGACACGUUUGACAUGGGGGCCUACAACACAUCAUUCGAGGGACGCAGGAGAUUGAUCCCAGCUAUGAGGGGCUUCAAAAAGGCUAGAAUCGCUGGAUUUCCACUCAGUGAAACAACCUGUGAAAUAGUGGCCUCAAUUCUCAAGUCACCAAACUCUCUGAUCGAGAUAGACCUGAGUGACUGUGACCUGGGAGAUCAUGGAGUUCAGAUUCUCUCGGAAGGGCUCUCUAGUUCCCACUGCAAACUGCAGACAUUAAGGCUGCCUGGUAAUCUCAUCUCUGAGAACAGUUGCAAUGAUCUGGUAAUAGCUCUGACUUCAAAUGCCUCCCAAAUAAAAGAGCUGGAUCUGAGUUAUAAUCAUCCUGGAGAACCAGGACUGACACUGUUAUCUAUGCAAGUAGAGACACUUAAUGCUGAAUACUGUUCAAGGCUCAGAUUGAAAGAAGGUGUGCAGAAAUAUAUCAGUUAUCUCACCCUAGACCCAAACACAGCACACAAAAGAGUCUCCCUUUCUGAGUGCAAGAGAAAAGCAGCAUUUGUGGAAGUGGAGCAACCGUAUCACGAACACCCAGAGAGAUUUCGCUUUGCGUCUCAGAAGUUCUGGGAGAGCAAAGGAUCCAGGGAAUGUCCCAUCUGCAGGAUGAAGUCAUCAAAGGACCCCCACCCUAACUUGGCUCUAAGGAACCUGUGUGAGAUCUACCUACAGGAGAGAGGUAAGAGAACUUCAGCAGGAUCUGAGGUGCUCUGCAGUCUGCACAGUGAGAAAAUCAAGCUCUUCUGUCUGGAGGAUAAACAGCCUGUUUGUGUGGUGUGCAGAGACUCAAAAACACACAAACACCACAACUUCAGUCCCAUCAGUGAGGCUGUACAAGAUGUUAAGGAGGACAUCAACCUCAAACUGGAGGCUUUAAGAACAAAACUAAAUGCCUUUGAAAAAGCUAAACUCAUAUGUGACCAAACAGCAGCCCACGUUGAGACUCAGGCCCAGCACACAGAGAAGCAGAUCAAGGAGGAGUUUGCGAAGCUUCACCAGUUUCUACUAGAUGAAGAGGCAGCCAGGAUAGCUGCACUGAGGGAGGAAGAGGAGCAGAAGGGUCAGAUGAUGAAGGAGAAGAUUGAGAAGAUGAGCAGAGAGAUUUCAUCUCUUUCAGACACAAUCAGAGCUAUAGAGGUAGAGAUGGGAGCUGAUGAUGUCACAUUCCUGCAGAACUACAAGAGCACAGUGGAAAGAGCCCAAUUCACACUGCAGUGUCCAGAGAGGGUUUCAGUAGCUCUGAUCAAUGUGGCCAAGCAUCUGGACAACCUGAAGUUCAGAGUCUGGGAGAAGAUGCAGGAGACUGUCCAAUACACUCCUGUGACUCUGGAUCCCAACACUGCAAAACCCAAUCUCAUCCUGUCUGAGGAUUUGACCAGUGUGAGACGUGGUGAUGAGGAGCAGCAGCUUCCUGAUAACCCAGAGAGAUUUGAUCACUAUCACAGUGUCCUGGGCUCUGAGGGCUUUAACUCAGGGACUCACUGCUGGGAUGUGGAGGUUGGGGAGGACACAUGGAUUGUGGGUGUGAUGGCAGAGUCUUCCCAGAGGAAGGGAAAAUUUCAGGCCAUUCCUGGUUUAUGGUGUCUUCAAUAUGAAAAGGGUGAAUAUCGAGUCGGGUCUGCACGCACUUCCACUCGCCUCACAGUGCAGCAGAAACUCCAGAGGAUCAGAGUGCAGCUGGAAUGGGACAGAGGAAAGCUGUCAUUCUCUGACCUUGAUCAUAACACACACCUACACACUUUCACACACACUUUCACUGAGAGAAUGUUUCCGUUUUUUAAUAGUGUGUGUCCUCUGAGGAUCUUACCAGCUUCCAUAAAAGUAGAGCAGCACAGAUGCAGCUUAUCUGAACCAGGACUUUUCAGACAUGCUAUGUCUGCAUUCAGGCUCUGAGAAAUGUAGUCAGAUGGAUAUAUGCAAUCUGAGGAAGAGUGAUAGAAAGGGGAUGUGAUUUACCUUCAAGUUGUAUAGGUUAAUAGGGAGAUAUAUAUUUCCUAUUUCCAAUAUGAUUCAUGCAACACAUAUGCUCACCAUUUGUACGCUUUAUAUACCAAGUGAAUUAU